GGAGGAGGAGAGCGGGGAGAAGCGGGGAGACGUCCCGAAAUCCUGGAAGUGCACUGAAAGAAAACGGGGCAGUACUUGAAGGCUUGACAAAUGCAUCCCAGGUUGAAAAAUUUCUACAUUCCUUCUCCUCUUCCUCCUUUAGAAAACUGACUUCAUUAAAGAGGUAAGAGAGAAGCAAAAGAAGUAAGAAAAUGCUGGGAUCAGAACGAGGUGUUGUGGAAGAAUGGCUGUCAGAAUUCAAGGCAUUACCUGAAUCCCAAAUUUCCAGCUAUGCAGCUACAUUGCACCGAAAAAAACCACUGGUACCAGCUCUUUAUAAGGUCAUUCAAGACCCAAAUAAUGAGCUCCUGGAGCCUGUUUGCCACCAGCUCUUUGAACUUUAUCGGAGUUCUGAAGUUCGGCUCAAGAGAUUCACGCUGCAGUUUUUGCCAGAGCUGAUCUGGGUUUAUCUGCGUCUCACUGCCAGCAGGGAUAGGCAGAGCAAUGGCUGCAUUGAAGCAUUGUUGCUUGGCAUUUACAACCUGGAAAUUGCUGACAAAGAUGGAAACAACAAAGUUUUGUCUUUCACCAUCCCUUCGUUAUCUAAACCCUCAAUAUAUCAUGAGCCUUCUACCAUUGGAUCCAUGGCUUUAACUGAAGGAGCGUUAAGUCAGCAUGAUCUUAUCAGAGUGGUUUACAGUGAUCUUCAUCCUCAGAGAGAAACCUUCACAGCACAGAACCGGUUUGAAGUGCUGAGCUUUCUUAUGCUAUGCUACAAUUCAGCUAUUGUGUACAUGCCUGCUUCUUCUUACCAGUCACUUUGUACAAUGGGUUCCAGGCUGUGUGUGAGUGGAUUUCCACGGCAGCAUGAGAAACGCUGGAAAGAGCACUGUGGUAGAGUGGUGUUAGACCCUGACUUCAUGGUGCAGCUGCUCACAGGUGUCUAUUAUGCCAUAUAUAAUGGUCAGUGGGAGCUUGGCCAGGAGGUAUUGGAGGACAUAAUUUACAGAGCACAGCUUGAACUCUACUCACAGCCCCUGCUGGUUGCAAAUGCCAUGAAGAAUUCACUGCCUUUUGAUGCUCCUGAUGCAUCACAAGAAGGCCAGAAGGUACUGAAAGUAGAAGUUACUCCAACAGUUCCAAGAAUUUCUCGGAGUGCUAUUACAACAGCUUCUAUCCGUCGUCAUCGCUGGAGGAGAGAAGAUGGCUUUGACUUCUCAAUCGAGGCUGACUCAAGCAUUCCUGGCUCACCGAUCCAACACGGCUCCACAGACCUAGGGAUCAAACGUGAGCAAGAGGGGGAGGUGCUGCUGCGCAGGACCCCUGAGCAUGGCUUCCCGGAGCCCACCUUGGCAGCAGCCACAACAGAGGAUACUGAAGGUAUAAAUGGAAGAGAGGAGUCUGUGAAUCUUAAUGAUGCUGAUGAAGGAUUUUCAUCAGGAGCUUCCCUCAGCAGCCAGCCAGCUGGGACCAAACCUCUAUCCACUGUAUCCCAGAAGGGCAGCUUAAGGAAAACAGCAAGUGGGCGUUCCACUAAGGAGAAAGAAACGUCUUCUGCAGCAAAAUCCAAUGAGAGCCCUCGGGAUUCAGUAGCUCGAAAGCAGUACACGCACCAAUCCUCUGACCUGGAUGGAGACACCAUUGAGAUGACACCUACUAAGAAACACCUCAGCCUGCCUGCUGGGCAGGUGGUGCCAAAAGCCAACAGUUUGGGCCUGAUCAGGACCGCCAGUGCUUCCUCCAGUAAAUCAUUUGACUAUGUGAAUGGCAGUCAAGCAGGCUCCAGUGUUGGAGCUGGUACAGAGGGUUUUACCAGUCUAGCAGCUGGCAACACCAAUCGGUUUUCAACUAUCAGCCUACAGGAGGACCGGCUGGGCCAAGCUGGGGAAGGUAAAGAUCUCCUUUCCCCAGGAGCUCCCCUAACCAAGCAGUCUCGAUCUCCAAGUUUCAAUAUGCAGCUCAUAUCCCAGGUGUAACUUUGACUCCCUUCCUUAGUAGUCCUUCCCCCUUAAUCCCUGGCAAGUUCAUCCUUAGGCAAAACAUGAACCAUCAUCCCACAGUGUGAAAAUACUGACUGUUGUGAUCUCGUUUGAUUUGUUUUAGCUAUCAUACUGUAUUACUGAAACAGCAAUAAUUCUUCCCUCACCUUCAUCCUCCUUCCCCUUGUAAACAUGGUUGUGAAGCAGUAUAUAAUGUACUGUAUGCCUUUUUCCAUGCCUUCCUUUCUCCUUGGGUGAUGUGCAAUCCAUCGUAGGCUGAUCAGUCCCAUUUCAACACUGUGAGACUGGAGACACCGGCAGAAAUGGUGAAUGUGAUCCCUAUGAGAUGAUGCUUUGGCUUUGUUAAGAAAUAGAAACGGGUUUGUUUUCUCGGUCUACAGUACUGCAAAGACUACUGGAUCCUGACUUGUCUUUCUCAGAACCAGGAGUGCCUCAGAGAUUCUAGUGUGACUUUGGACCUCUCUGAGUCUGUGCAAUCAAUUCUGGGGAGGGGAUUGUCAUUGCUGCUCCUGGCUGCCUACAGCACUUUUUUCAUUAAAAUGAGGGUAGUUCUUUCUUGACUGCUCCCAGUCUCUCAUCCCAGAAGCUUUUGAUGUUCAGCAACUGAGACAUGCGUAUUAAGAAGCUGUUUUCCCUCGGAGAGAGGAUUCUAGGUUGAUAAUGUAGGUUACAAUGCACUUCUUGAUGGCGUUGUAGCCAUUUGUAAUGUUACAUGUCUUCCCCUCCAGGACACAGGGUCAUUCUGCAUUUAGACUAAAAGUUAGACACCACCAUGCUGUUAAAGCAAUUUGGUUUAUAAGUGGGAAGGAAACACUACUUUCCCAGGAAAUAAUGACUAGCUCUGCUUCAUUUCUGUUGUUGCUGUUGUUGUUGUGAGGUGCUGAUCACCAAAAGGUGUAUUCGGGUAAAGAGUAUUUCUCAGGCUGCUGUCUUUUGUGUCAUGGCUGUUGGGAUACCCCCACCCCUUUCAGCUGCUUUCUCAAUGUCCCUGAAUUCAAUGAUGGAGUCAUUUGAGGAAUCCUGCAGUCCAGACAGACCAUACUCUCAAGGUGCUGUCUCAGGGAUAGAGACAAUAGUUUGCCAGAAGCACUGAAGCUUCAAUGUGAAAUGCUUUUCUAGCAAUGCCAUUUGUGCAAAGG